AUGAAUUGCUUCAUUACACCGGAGCGUGCCGAGAAGAGUGGCAUCCGGAGUAGCGCGGGCGAGAGCGCGGGCAUGGUCAAGGUGGCGGGAGGUGGAUUCUUGUCUACUUUGGGCCGUGCUAGAGGAGUCGAGAUCGAGAUUGCGGGGCAGUCAAUGCCAGCAGACUUAGUCAUCAGUCCGGUGGAGCUGUAUGACGUUAUUCUCGGGAUGGACUGGUUGUCACACUACAGAGUUCAUCUGGAUUGCUACAGAGGUAGAGUGGUCUUCGAGCGAGAUGCAGGGAGGUUGGUUUAUCAGGGAGUGAGACCGACUUCCGGGAGUAUUGUGAUAUCUGCUAUUCAGGCCGAGCAGUUGUUAGAGCGGGGCUGUGAGGCGUAUCUGGCGACGAUUUCUAUGUCUGAGUCAGGAGCUGGAGUUGUUAUGGGAGAUAUUGAGGUUGUCCAGGAUUUUGAGGAUGUCUUUCAGUCACUGAAGGGAUUACCACCAUCUCGGUCUGAUCCUUUCACGAUUGAGUUAGAGCCGGGGACAGCACCGAUAUCGAAGACGCCUUACAGGAUGGCGCCAGCUGAGUUGGCAGAGCUGAAGAAGCAGAUAGAGGACCUUUUGUCUAAGGGGUUCAUUCGACCGAGUGUUUCACCGUGGGGAGCACCGGUGUUGUUUGUGAAGAAGAAGGAUGGAGUUUCAGACUUUGUAUCGAUUACAGAGAUUGACUUGGCAUCGGGGUAUCAUCAGAUCCCGAUAGAUGAGGCAGAUGUCAGGAAGACUGCUUUCAGGACGCGUUAUGGGCAUUUUGAGUUUGUGGUUAUGCCUUUCGGUUUGACUAACGCGCCGGCAGCCUUCAUGAGAUUGAUGAACGACGUGUUCAGGGAGUAUUUGGACGUGUUUGUCAUCAUUUUCAUUGAUGAUAUUCUGGUAUACUCGAGGAGUCAGGAGGAGCAUGCGACUCACUUGAGGUUGGUUCUGGAGAAGCUUCGGGAGCAGAAGCUUUUUGCUAAGUUGAGCAAGUGCAGUUUCUGGCAGCGAGAGAUGGGAUUUCUUGGCCACAUUGUUUCUGCAGAGGGAGUUUCUGUGGAUCCGGCUAAGAUUGAGGCUAUCAGAGAUUGGCCUAGACCUAGUAGUGCCACCGAGAUCAGGAGUUUUCUGGGUUUGGCAGGAUACUACAGGAGGUUCGUCAAGGGGUUUGCUACCAUGGCGCAGCCGAUGACGAAGUUUGUUUGGUCAGCUGAGUGUGAGGAGAGCUUUAGUCAGCUCAAGGAGAUGUUGACUACUACACCAGUGUUGGCGUUACCCGAGCCAGGGAAGCCUUACAUGGUGUAUACAGAUGCUUCAGGCAUUGGUCUUGGUUGUGUGCUGAUGCAGGAGGGCAGAGUGAUAGCAUAUGCUUCGAGACAGUGGCAGGGCAGUGAGCGUAACCGUCCUACACAUGACUUAGAGUUGGGAGCAGUGAUCUUCGCGUUGAAGAUUUGGAGGUCUUACUUGCUAGGUGAGACAGUACAGGUCUUCACGGAUCACAAGAGUUUGCAGCAUAUCUUCACUCAGCCGAUGAUGAACGCGAGACAGACGCGCUGGGUUGAGUUCUUGGCGGACUAUCAGGUGAGCAUUAACUACCAUCCGGGCAAGGCUAACCUAGUGGCGGACGCGUUGAGUAGACGGAGGUAUGAUUCCGCAGUUGAGCGAGAUGUGGAGUCUCUAGUUGGCGAGAUCAGUACCUUGCGUUUGUGUGCCAUUUCGCAGGAGCCUUUGGGUUUAGAGGCAGUGGAUCAGGCGGAUCUACUUAGCAGGAUCAGAGUUGCUCAGCAGAGUGAUCAGAGUUUGCUGGAUGCGACGAGAGUGACUGGUUCUGAGUAUGAGGUCUCUGCGAAUGGGACUAUCUUGGUUCGUGGGCGAGUUUGUGUGCCUAAGGAUGUGGAGUUGAGACAUCAGAUUUUGGGAGAGGCUCACGCGAGCAAGUUUUCCAUUCAUCCGGGAGCGACCAAGAUGUACCAUGACCUCAAGAGGUACUAUCAUUGGGUCGGGAUGAAGAGGGAUGUAGCAGACUGGGUUGCGAAGUGCAACACUUGUGCCUUGGGUGGAAACCCUGGAAUCGUGAAUAAAACUUGUCGUUUAGCGAGCGAAGAGCAAGAGGAGAAGAGAUUUCUUGAGGCAUUAUGGUGUUUGGUGAUUGAUUCGAGGCUGUUCUUCUUGGAUUGGAGGCUUAGGCUUCGUGUGGUGGCUGCUGUGUGGUGCUGCGUCGUUGUUCUUCGUUCUAUUCAUAGCUCGAUCUGUGCGUUCCAGGAAACGGUGUCGAGCGACACAAAGCGUGUGUCGAUCGACACAGACCGGCAGAGUGAUUGUGAUGAGGACAGCAAGUCAUCAUCAACCAAGGAGCACAGAUCCAUGAGCCAUGAAGAGGAGAGCAUAAAGCUGAGGAGAGCUAAGGAGACCAACACCUGGAGAACAUUCUGA